CCUGCAGGGGCCGAUGGGUAAUGGAGGGCGGGGGUCACAAAAUGGCCGCCCCUGGCCAGUGGGAGCGCUUGAGGCCGCUGCGGCCGGACACGCUGCGUGUGAGUGAGCCACCAAUGCUCAACUUGAAUCUGGACGAUGACGUGCAGUUUGUAAGAAGAACUCUGAAGGUUAGAAGGCCUCGAUUUGAUGCAUCCUUGGUUUAUUUGACCCGAAAAUUCAUGGAUCUUGUCAAAAGAGCUCCAGAUGGUGUCCUUGAUUUAAACGAAGUAGCAACAACUCUUGGAGUACGAAAACGAAGAGUAUAUGACAUCACCAACGUGUUGGAUGGAAUUCACUUAAUUCAGAAAAGAUCUAAGAAUCUUAUCCAGUGGGUAGGUUCUAAUCUUGACCAAGUUGUUGGAAAGGCAGCAGAGCAGCAAAACCUUAAAGAUGAACUUUCUGACUUGUCAGCCAUGGAAGAAGCUCUGGAUGAAUUAAUCAAGGAUUGUGCUCAUCAGUUAUUUGAUCUAACAGAUGACAAAGAAAAUGCAAAACUAGCUUAUGUGACAUAUCAAGAUAUCCGUAGCAUUCAGGCGUUUCAGAAACAGAUUGUGAUUGCAAUCAAAGCUCCUGAAGAAACCAAACUGGAAAUACCAAUUCCUAAGGAAGAUUGCAUAGAAGUACAUGUAAAGAGCACAAAAGGACCCAUUGAUGUGUAUCUGUGUGAGGUGGAACAAGAUAAGCCAGGUGCCAAAACUUUUGAAAAUAUGAAUGCUGUCAAAUCUGAAACUGAGCCAUCGGUUCCUCCUGGUGAAGAGUGAGAUUCCAAAAAAUAAAAAAGUAAUAUAUAUAUGUAUAUACACUGAGGUAGAAGAUGAAUUACAGCUCAAAGGAUGAAUUACAGCUCAAAAUCAAAUACAGAAUGUAAAUAUCUGUUAUAGAGCUUUUCCAAAGCUCUUGGAACUGCGAACUUACCGACCCAAACUGCUCCGGGGUGUUUUUAAUUUAAAACAGCAGUGGAUUGAAUGGUUUCACAGGACUGUUUUAUCUUCCCAAGUCAGAAGACGGUUCCUAGAUUUGCUUUUAGGAGCUUUGUUUUCAUAAUUGCAUGUGAUCUACAGAGCUUUGGGAAAGUGGUAUUUUUAGCUUAUGAAAUGACUUUAAUUGAUGGAAAACAUAAUGACUCCUAAAAUGAAGGUUUGGAAACUGUUUCUGGAACAAUCCACAAUCCUUCUGAGAAUGUAUGUAAUAAAGAAAUGCACUUUUCAGUUCUGAGGCUGCACUACUGCUAAGCAGGAUCGUCAAAUACAGAUGAAGAAAUAGCUUGAUGCAUCAGAAGCCUUCACUAUAAGGAACAAGAUGUAAAUACUACGAGAGUUACGCCUUACACUGUGUAGAUGCUGUUUGCAUUGUUUGCAUCCAGCUCUGCAUUAACUAUGGUAUCAACACUGAAGUUAAAUAAGUGGGCUUUUUGUAUAUCUGUAUCAUGUCUGGGUAGUUACUGAUGUAGAUUUAUUGAGGUGGUUUGCAUCUCUGCCUUUGUACAGCAAAGAAAUAAAAUAAGCUUAUAAAACA